AUGGCUGCUGAAUUGUUCAAAAACCAGGACGUGUCCGAAGUAUAUCACAAAUAUAUGACCCCUGUGUCCUCAAAGGUGGUAGAUCUGAUUUUAACCUAUGUGGAACAUAAGGUAAGUGAAUGUAAACAUACACUUAGUAUAGGUCUUAAAUGAGUUAUAUCUUGGGUAGAUUUUGCAGAUUGAGCCGAGUUCAGUAACUCACAGAAGAUAGGCUGCUGUGUGUCAGCCAGUAGCGUACGUACUGCGGUCGCAGCUGCGACCGGACCCAGCCGCCCUGCGGACCCCUGUGACCAGGUAACACCUUCCACGUUUUGCGGUCCCCGGCCCGUGCGACAAAACUCCCGGAACGUAUGUUAAGGGGUCCAUCGGGUGGCCCUGACAGCAUGGGUGGAUAUGGAUUGUCAGGGGGCCUGGUCUGCGCUGGGCACUUUAACAGCGCGACCGGGCCCCCUGUGAUUACAUCACUGCUGGGAGGAAGUGACUCCCCAGUCACUCCUCCCAGCAUACAGAGAGCCCGCGCGGGAGGAAACACAAAGGAGGAGGGAGUCAGAGUGGGAACUCUGACUCCCAUCAGGCUGAGCCACCCCCCAGGGAAAGUCACACAAGGUAGGAAACAUUUUGUGUGUGUGUCUGUGUCUCUGUGUAUGUACGUGUCUGGCGGGGGGUGUCUGUGUGUAUGUGUUUGUAUGUGUGUCGGUAGGGGGGCCCAUGGAUCAGUUUCGCACCGGGGCCCCAUGGAUUGAUGGAUUGUGUGUACGCCACUGGUGUCAGCUGUGUCAGUGCUGGAUAAAAGGUAAGUUUCAGCUGCUUUAUUUUGUUUGUUUUAUUUUUGUAAAAGAAAACUACAACCCCAUCCAGUGACUAGGGGUCCCUAGUCACACCACAAAAAAAAAAAAUACCCUAAUAAUAGUGAGGGGAAUAAUACAUGUAAAAUAAAACAUUAAUACUUUCCAUUGUUAUUGUUUUUUUCUUCAAUCUUUUUUCAGCCAAAAAAGUUCAAAUAAAAAUCCAUAAACUCCGUCAAACUAAUAAAAAUUUUUUAAAAGACCCGAACGUAAAAAUAAAAAAAAAAGCUGGAAAUAAAGAAUUUUAAAAAUCAAGACUUCCCUGUCAGAGCACUCUGAUUGGAUAACUUAAGCCCACCAAUCAGAUUGAUCUGAGUCAAAUUGCCUAGGAAGGAUUUAUUGGCCUUUCCCCGCCCUGCAGGUCAGUCUGCUCAUAGCCCUCAUUUUUUUUAUUGUCUGGAUUUUUUUUUGAUUUUUUUUUUUAAAGUAAAAAUUUCCAGCAUGGUUUUUUUUUGUUUUUGCUUUUUUUGCAUUCAGGUCUUUUUUUAUUUUAUUUUUUUCAUUAUAAUUUUAUUAGUUCGGAUUAGUUUAAGGAUUUUUAUUUCACCUUUUUUUUGGAGCUAAAAAAAGAAAAUUGACCAAAAAAAGGUUUGUUUAUUGCCCUCCCUUAUUAAUAAUAAUAAUAAUAAUUAUUAUUAUUAUUAUUAUUAUUAUUAUUCAGGUAAAGGGGGGUAGGUAGGACAUUUAUUUGUUGUGGGGGUGACUUUGGGCUUGGGGACCCCUUGUCAUUGGGUGAGAAGUUUGUUAGCAAAUGCCAAUGGGUGGUGGCUUGGGGGGGGGGAACAGUAGGUCACCCCCUUUAUUACUUGGGGACCCCACCUGCGACAAUGUAUGGGGGCUGGUGGGGAAACAAAAGGUUCCCUCCAAUUAUUACUUGGCCACCACCUGCAGACAAUGGGUGGAGGCUGGUUGGGGACAGUAGGUCCUCCAUUGUGUGGGUUAGAGGGGGACCCUAUGUUCUACCCUUAUUAAUUAUUAAAGUUUAUGCCACACCAUGAGGGACCUGUGUCAGGUACCCCUUUAUUGAAUUUGGGGGGGGGGUUGUUCUUUUCAUGCCCCUUCUUGCGGCAUAGUGAAUAGGGGCAGAAGGGAGAUAAUCUCCCUUAUUUACUAAUACUAAGUGUAGCGGAGCGGCAAUAUUAAAUCCCACGAUCUCCACUGGUAAAGAAGGUAAUCCACAGUCAGCGCUGAAAAGUAAGGCAAUAUCCCAAAUCCCCCAGUAACCGGACGAGACACAGUUCUGGGAGUCAACUGAGAUUUUUACUCACAGCAUCCAGUAUUUAUGCAAGUCCCCAUGCAAGGGGUUUCCCUACUGACAUAGCAGGGGUAACACAGUAGAGGACUACACGGGGCACUUAACAUUCUGGGCAUUUCUCCCAUCAGGCACUGCUGCACGAGAGGGAUACUCCCACUGGAACACACCUUUAAGUGGAUUAUCCCUCCGUGCAGCAGAACCGGCUUUUCACAUUUAAAUACAUAACUUUUACACUGUUCGGUUUAUUUAAACGAAUGGACGUUCGGUAGAUAGCUGGGGUCUGAGCGCACAUUUCGUGGGAAUACCGCCCAGAUCCCAGCUAAAACAACUGAACGCCGCACGAAAUACACUUUGCCAUUGAGUUCGCCUAAACGGACCGAACACCGAACGAUGGCCACCUAGGAAAGUCUCUAAUUACCGAUUGCAACAUUGUUGCAAUCGGUUAAUAAGCGCCACACGUCCCUCUAUGUGUGGGCUAUUAGGGUUAGCUCAUUCGGUUCACGAACAGCCAGUAAAGUCGCUGUUUGUGAACCGAAACACAUGAAUGUUAGCGGCUUUCGGCUGCUAGCAUACGAAUUCCAUGUACAUAACACUAUCAAACACGGUUACACAUACAGUACUGCGGCCAUUACAGACAACUUUUUUUAUAUAUAUAUAUAUAUAUAUAUAUAUAGUCCAGCAUGCUACAAGUGGCGAAGUUUGCCACACUAAGUAUUUUUAAAUUAGUAUUAGUAAAGUUGGCUGACAGAUACAUUUUGGUAUUUCAGCUUUUUUUUAGUAGAUAGCUUCCUAAUACUUGUAGGAUUUAGGAGGAUAUCUAUUUCGAACCAAAAUAAUGACCAAAUUUGUUCUCCGGAAUGAAAAUGUCUGAAAUUUUGAAAAUGAAUGAGUCACUAGAGGAAAUUUGGUUCUGACUAAAUCAAUUGUGAAAACCACAAUGCAAACACACAGUCUGCAUUCACCAUACAUACACUACAUCCAUUACACAAACACACUCUGCAUUCACUAUACAAACACUACAUCCACUACACAAACACACACUGUAUCUAAAACACACAAACACUACAUCCAUUACACAAAUGUGCAAUAUGUAUACACUUCAUUUGGCAGGAGCUGUGUCAGUGGUAUGCAUGAGUACAAAACUAUGGAUGAUCCCAAAAGAGCCUAUGUAGAUUACAUCUCACAAUGUGUGAGACCAUGCUCGAAUCCCACGGGCAUUAUUUGUGAUGGCGGAAGGGAUUGGACAAAGGUUGACAGUACUCCCUUCAGAACAAUACAUAUAAAAGCUUGCAUAAAACUGUAUCUCCGACACAGCUCAAAAAAAUAAUAAAGUUUUAUUAAUCGUAAAUAAGCGUUACAAAUACAAAAAGGUGUCUAUGUACAUACUCCAGACUGCUUGGCCUGUAGCUAUAUAUGGAUAAAUACUAAGGAUACAGAGCUACUAUGCUCAGAGAACUCGCAACAUAGUUACAAUAAAUGCAACUGAAUACCUAAAUGUGUAACUCAAUCUAGUAAAAAGUGUUGUGUUAAGAAAUAUUGCAACAUAAAUAGCAUAGCAGUAGUGGAUCUAACCAAUAUCCAGAAAUCACAGCAUAAUAAGAGUCAGCUGUUAUGAUAAACCCAAAUUAGUCUAAAUAUAGUGAGGUCAAAAUCAUAUAUAUGGGAAAACAAUAUUCCCUCUAUAAUUACUUACUGUAACCAAAGUUCUAAGGGAUCCAAUGGAGCUAACAAAUACUCUAAUUGCUAAUACCCAAUCAAAGCUCUAAAAGAUAAGUAAAUCGAAAGGACAGAAAUAUACAGAUAACUGAAAAUAAAGUAAGAAGUAGUAUAGAAAGAUCUGUAUUACUCACAACUAAAUGUGGCUAUAUAAAGAAGACUCAGCCGGCAAAAGAGUCCCUAAAUUGAUAUAGCAAGUUAUAGCAUAACAGGCUAAUACUAAAGCAGUCUGCAGAAGUGAUAAAAAAACCCACAGCAGUGGGUUUUUUAUCACUUCUGCAGACUGCUUUAGUAUUAGCCUGUUAUGCUAUAACAUGCUAUAUUAAAGGACCACUAUAGUGCCCUGAGGGUGCCCCCACCCUCAGGGUCCCACUCCUGUGGUGCUGAAGGGGGAGGAAGGGGUUAAACUUACCUCUUUCUCCAGCGCCGGGCGGGGGACUCUCCUCCUCCUCUCCUCCUCCAUAGCGAUGUCAUUGGCUGCAUGCGCGGCAGGACCCGCGCGCAUUCAGCCAGUCCAUAGGAAAGCAUUCUCAAUGCUUUCCUAUGGACGCUGGCAUCUUCUAACUGUGAAAAUCACAGUGAGAAGCGUGGAAGCACCUCUGGCGGCUGUCAAUGAGAAAGCCACUAGAGGCUUGAUUAACCCUAUUAUAAACAUAGCAGUUUCUCUGAAACUGCUAUGUUUACAGCAGGCAGGGUUAAUCCUAGAGGGACCUGGCACCCAGACCACUUCACUGAGCUGAAGUGGUCUGGGUGCAUAUAGUGGUCCUUUAAUUUAAGGAUUCUUUUGCUGGCUGAGUCUUCUUCUUUAUAUAGCCACAUUUAGUUGUGAGUAAUACAGAUCUUUCUAUACUACUUAUUACUUUAUUUUCAGUUAUCUGUAUCUUUCUGUCCUUUCGAUUUACUUAUCUUUUAGAGCUUUGAUUGGGUAUUAGCAAGUAGAGUAUUUGUUAGCUCCAUUGGACCCCUUUGGUUACAGUAAGUAAUUAUAGAGGGAAUAUUGUUUUCCCAUAUAUAUGAUUUUGACCUCACUAUAUUUAGACUAAUUUGGGUUUAUCAUAACAGCUGACUCUUAUUAUGCUGUGAUUUCUGGAUAUUGGUUAGAUCCACUGCUGCUAUGCUAUUUAUGUUGCAACAUUUCUUAACACAACACUUUUUACUAGAUUGAGUUACACAUUUAGGUAUUCAGUUGCAUUUAUUGUAACUAUGUUGCGAGUUCUCUGAGCAUAGUAGCUCUGUAUCCUUUAGUAUUUAUCCAUAUAUAGCUACAGGCCAAGCAGUCUGGAGUAUGUACAUAGACACCUUUUUGUAUUUGUAACGCUUAUUUACUAUUAAUAAAACUUUAUUUUUUUUGAGCUGUGUCUGAGAUACAGUUUUCGGAAAGCUUUUAUAUGUAUUGUUCUGAAGGGGUUACUGGUUUUGAUGGGAUUGGCUUCCUCUCUGUGUAGAGGAAUAUUUUUCCCUCAUUUCCUUAUUUUUCUUUAUUUCAAUAUUUGUUAAUCUCGGGCUUUACCAUAAGAAAAAUGUAGACCCUACUUUGUCUUAUGGUAACUUUGGAUAACUUUGGAAUUUUAAUGGAGUAUAUCUUUAUAAAAUACUGAAAGUGACAGAGCUGCAUUAAAUGAUCUUUUACAAUAUGUAUUGAAAUGUUGUACUAUGGGGGGAGCGGAGCUUGCCAGUAAGCCAACUCAACUCCAUUACUGGCAGCUCCGUGCAGGCUGCACUAACAUCGCCACUCACUCUAUUCAUCCACCUCCACUUAUAACCACAGUGGAUCAAGGGGAGGGCUCGCUGAAUCAGCUGAUGCCAUUUUUUUUCAUGCCCACAAAGAGGAGCAGAUCCUGGACUUAUCUUGCGUUUGCCUGAGUCAGCCUGGAGUCACUCCUUGAUGAUACUGGAGAGUACAGAGGGCCUGACAGGGCCUCACACUCUCCUGACUAACCACACACUGGCGAUGGGGCGCCACUUGCCAAAGCCCAGCCAAACAGAGGUACUUUAGGACCUUGCUGCAAAGGCAAGUGCCGUCCAAGAUGGUGCCCACAGAGUGCUCACAUUAUAGCUCUCACUACUUCAUCUGGGCCUCAAGCAAACACAGAUUCCCAUACAGACCAACUAACUCCCAUAGAAAUUUUAUAUUGUAAUGCAAUGGAAAUAUUUACUUUAUUUCUGAAAACUUGCCUCUAGUUUAAUACCUCCUUAAGACCUUAAAUUUUUGUAAAAAUCUUCAUGUUAGCUGUCAUCACUUACAGGAUGAUGAUUUUUUUUUCUUUCUUAUUUUCUUUGCAGAUGGGAAAGCCAUUUAAAUUAGCAGUGGACGUUGGCUGCGGGACAGGAAAUUCCACUCGGAAACUUGCUGCUCAUUUCCAGGAAGUGAUUGGAGCAGACUCUAGUGAGAGUCAGUUAAAUGUAGCCCGAUCAUGCACUUCUGAGAAGAAUACUACUUAUAUGUAGGUAUGCUUUUGAUUUAGUUAUAAUAGGCUUUGUGUGUGUUUAUUUACAAAAAAAAAAAAAAACUUUCUGUAAGUAGAUGGCCACCAGGAAACACUAUAUUUAAAGGGAUACUAUAGUCACCAAAUCAAUUUUAGUUUCAUGAAACCGUUCUGGUAUAUAGAUCAUGCCCUUGCAGUCUCAUUGCUCAAUACUUUGCCAUUUAGGAGUUAAAUCACCUUUUUUACACAGCCCUAGUUACACCUCCCUACAUGUGACUUGCACAGCCUUCAUAAACACUUCCUGUAAAGAGUAAUCUAAUGUUUAUAUUUCCUUUAUGGAAAAUUAUGUUUAAUUUAGAAUUAAUUUUUUUCUUGCUCUGUUAAUAGCUGGCUAGAUUCUGCAUGAUCCUCCUAUAUGUGAUUACACUUCAAUUUAUAGGGCAGGAGAAACAAACUUUUAAAGUAAGUUACAUCGGAUUUUGUUUUCCUGCACGCUGUCUCUCGAGGCUGUGUAGCUCCAGGCCCAUUGAUUUAAAAAAAAUUCUAAAUUAUUUUUUUUUUUUUUUUUUACUACUCUUCACAUGCUCUUGCAUAAGUAUGGAAAAUUAAGAGCGACGUAGAAGAACAAAACUGGUGUGAACUGGCUGACAAUUAAAUUAGUUAAGGUAAAGCUGACUUUGCACACUAUGCAAAUGCUGUUGAUGCUUCGGUCUCACUAACACUGUGGCAUGUUCCCUUUCUUCUACAAUCACUACAUACACUUUUUUCUCUGUCCCAGACUAUAUAACCGGAGCUUCUGCCUGCUAGUAAGAAGGUUAGGAGAAGAGUGGACCAGCGAGUGCUAUGGGACAGUCUUUAGAAUGCGUAGAGCUAGUGCAUAAUUAGAUGUAUUUAUGCCAAGCUCAGGGUGCUGUCUGCACUGUAAGCUAUUGGUUGGUCAUCCUGCAUGAUUGGCAGGCUGCUUGACGUGCAGUCACGCCAGGAUGACCAUUGAAUUAUUUGUGCAGAUACGACCCCUUUUUGGGCAUGUUUGUCCCAUUGGGCAGUUUUGAUUACAUGAUUCCUGUCAGUGUCCCACCGUUUUACCCCCGUCCACCGAUGAAAGCAAGAGAUUAGCAUAGGGUAUGUGUUUUAUGAUAGCUAUAUUCUGUGAGUUUCCCUCCAGCACCACCUCCACCAGAUGCAGAACACAGAUUCUGGGUUAGUGUUUACUGUCAAUAAGAUUCUGUAAUUAGGCCCAUCAUAAUUGUCAGCAUCAGGCCCAAUGGGCUCCUAAUUCGGGCCUGACCAGGGGAGGUGUAACUCUGGCUUCAUCAACAGAAACCAUGUGAUUUUAGUACUACUAAAUGGUAGAGAAUUGAGCAGCGGGACUGCAGAGGCAUGAUCUAUACACAAAAACUGCUUUAUUAAACUAAAAUUGUUUUGGUGACUAUAGGGUCCCUUUAAAAUACAUUUGAAAUUUUUUUAUCUGCCUUGCAAAGUAACAUGGUUUAGGUGUUUCUCAUCAUAUAUAGCGUACUGAUAAUGUCUUAAACGCAUGCAUAUUUAAAUGGAUACUUCAGCACAGAAUUUAUCCUACUCUUUUAAUGUAUCAUGAUAGAGAAUUAAAGGAAAUUAUAUUAAAAAAAAAUAUAUAUAUAUAUAUAUAUAUAUAUAUAUUAAUUUUUAUAAUAGUAAUAAAGGGAGAGGGGUGCAGAGCUUCUCUCACGCUAAACAAAUUACUGUCAGUAAGUAAUUUUCAUGAGAUGCAGCUCAAGAUUGUACAUCAGUUUUAUAUUUCAUCAACGUGGCAAAGUGCCACAGGCUUUUACUAGAUGCCUGCCCUAAAAAUGAAGAUUAGCCCAUUAUAUGUGGUUGUCUGGGAAUAAUAGAUUUCUAAAAUCAUAUUGAGUGAGGGAUUGGGAUCUAAUUUAAGAUAACCGCAAAGGGAAACUAUAAAACUAUGAACUACAAAGCUGUUUUCCUGGCGCUAUAGCUUCAUAUAGUGCCCCUUAUCUCAAUCCUCCCUCCCACCCACCCAUGGUUCAGAAGGGUUUAAAAACCCAUUCUGUCUGAUGUCCCUCAGCACUGGCUCAGGCUCCACCUCCACACUAGCAUUAGUACUUUCCCCCCUUAGUAAAGCAUUAUACAAUGCAUUCCCAUGGGAUUCGGGUGACACUGAAUGUCCUCAUACAUAGUGUGAGGACAUUCAGCGUCCAGCGCCAAAAGUCCCCUUAUGACCCGGAAGUCCAUCUAGUGGCUGUCUGGUAGACGGCCACAAGAGGUUGAGUUAAGUAUACAGUUUCUUAAAACGUGCAAUAAUUACCUUUGCAGGGUUAAGGGACUUAAGACUAUGCAUGUAAAAAACUAGAUGAAUGGAUGUUAAUGUAGACUCUUUCUUAAUUUCUUCUUGUCUUCAGUUGAUUGAUAUAUAUACGUCUUUUGUAUAUAUAUUCUUGGGCCAAAUGCUCGCCACAAUAAUAUAUGUCUAUAUUAUUGAAAAGUAGUAAUACGCAAUCUGACUUACGGUUUCUUCAGGUUUAUUCUUAGUUACGGAUACAUAAAACAACAAAUGAUGUUACAGGAUAAUGGACAUUCAACAGCAGAUGGUAAUUGCUGGACUUCUGAUAGGAGAGUUACAUCGUUGUACAGAGCCAAGACAAGACCGAGACUAGACUGAGAGACCUCGUGUCCCUCUGUUACUAUAUAGAAGUGCUAAUACUAACAUCAGCAUAUAACUCUAGCCAUAUAAGGACAAAACCCUCCACAUCCACAUUCCAGAGCUCUCGGACAAAGAAAGCCUUGUGACUUAUUGAUACCAUCUGUUACUUAUGUCAAUCCACACAUCCAUAUAUAUAAUCAAUAGAAACAUAGAAUAUGCAAUAUUCUACAUUCCCUCUGUUUAUGGUUUGUUUUAAAACCAUAACAUAAUGUAAUUAACCUGUCCAUUCAUAUAUCACUCAUAUCACAUUCAUUGAGCAUAGAACAAGAUGUAGUCACAAUUUUCUAUUAUAUGAGAGUUCUUAGAAGGUCAAGUUUCUAUCCCUCAUACUGCUUACUUUACUUCAAAACUCCCUUUGUUUCAGCUAUGUAUUGAUAUCCAUAUCCAUGUUACAUCAUAACUACUUGAACAUAAUAUAUACAUAUAUAACAAUAAUAAAUGAAUAAAAUAUUUACAAAUGUUGAUCCAAUAAACAACGUAAAGCAAUCAGAAAGAUCUACCUGCUCAGGUACAGUCAUGUCUUUGUAGACAACAAAAUCAAGAUCGUAACUUUCUAGAUAAUAACUGUGUAUCACUAUCAUAUUCCUAAUAAAGACACAUAUAACAAAGUAUUUUCAUUCUCAAUACCUGAUAUUACUUAAGUACUAAUACAUGUAUUACUAUAAUAUACAUCCAAUUAUAUUUCCAUGAAUCAAAUGGUUUCUAGCAACCUCAAAAUCUUUAGGUCAUUUGUAUUCAUGAAUUACAUUUCUAUACCAUUAAUACCACCUAGUGAUGAUUGUAUCAGUACUUUACAAUCAUAGUAUUUAAUUUGAAUAUUCAGUAGGCUCUCACUACCUGAAAUAUAUCAACACUACUUAUAAGACUCAUUCAAAGGAUGUGUUAUCAACCAUGAAGUUCUAUAAUAAUUCUUCAAAUAAUGUUCAUGGUGUUGACAAUACUUAUUGUCCUAGAAAUUCUUCACCCAGAAAUCUUUCUAUCAUAGAUUUCUUUUUGUUCACAUAAUUAUAAUUUUGACUAAAAUUCCACCUUGUAGUAACAAACUUUAAAUUCAAUAGAAACAUAGUUUACUCUAAAAGAACUUGGAAAGAAUAAUUUAAAUUCAUUAGCAUCACUCUCUUCAUUAGCAUUGUGAUGACUUAUUAAUGUAAUACAUCUUAAAAGCAGGAUUGUCCUAAUGUUCUGAUCAAUCCGUAUUCCUUUGUACACUUCAACUGACUAAAAUAAAAUAAACUUGGGGUCAUACUGCCAAGAAACUCUUAUUCCUAGUCUGUGUCUAACAAACUCAGGGUAAUCAUAAAACAACUUAUAACAACGUAUUCAUUGGAUACCGUCAUAUCCAGAAACCUAUUCUCCCUAGUCCAUACCUUUAUAGACUUAGGUCAAAUAUAAUUGUGUACUAUACUCUUUCCAUUCAAUUCAAUUCCUCUUGGAUCUUUGAACUCUUAUAUCCAAGGCUUUCUUAAUGUAUAUAAUUACUUAAUAUUAAUCAAUAUAAAUUAUCCUUCCUUAGUUUUCUUCCUUAUGUUACCAUUGUUUGUUUUACUUCACCUCGAUAUAAACAAAUUACUCAUUAUAGUUAAUCUAUGAAAUACUAUUGAACUCAAUCUUUGUGGUAUUAAGUAACCAUGAUCCUUAUUUUAUCAACUUCAUAUUUUAUCUACCUCUGAUACUUCUCAUCCUAUGUAUAGGUAAUAAUAUAAUAGUUCUUUUCAUAAUUGUACUCCAUGUGUUAUAUAACUAUAAGUACUCUCUUUUGGUAUUAAUAGUCAUAACUGUUAAAUAACUUUUCAUUGUCUGUUUUCUUCAUUAAUAUUUAGGAAUUUAUAUGUAUGUUAGUGUCAAUAUUUUAUUUCUUUGUAAGUCUGUUAAUCUUCUGUAUCGAAUGAACUCUGUAGAAUCUUCCAUCACAGUUUGCAGAUCAGAUGAAAAGUCUCUUUCCUACAGUCGAUGUCCAGUUAUCUGAAGGAAUUCUUUCCUGAUUUAUUGCCACAAGGAUCUGUCACGCUUUACCUACAUUAAAACAAAUAACAUGUGCAGCAUCAAUACAAUGGCUUACAAUGUUUAUAUCUCAUUAUUAUUACACAGUUUAACAUUGAAUUAUAUUGACUACACAAAACAUACUAAUUUCUUCUCAUGAGAUCUACCAUCUAGUGGUCAUUACAUUUAUGCCAUGUGAUGUAUAAUCUUUCUGAACAUUUUAAUUUUCCAAACUUUUUAUUACUCAUACCUUAUUAAUCAUACCCCCCUUUUAAACUGUUUAAUAAUCUGGAGGUAUAACCUAAUCACAUAUCAGAUGUUACAACAAAAUAUUGUUUUCCACUAUACUUUAGCUAUAGUAGCCAUUUUGUCUUAACACUGGCACCAUUUUGUCACAUGAAACAAACUACAAAAACAUAUAUUGUUUCCUUCAUCAAAUGUAUUUGUAAAUCUAGGUUUUAUUCUAUCAAAACUUGUGUCUUCUAUGUAGUCAAAAUAUAUGUAUGUCCAGGCUUUGCAAAAUAUAGUAAUCCAUUAUCAGUCAUGACAUUAAAAUCUCAUUCUCAUGAAUUAAAUCAAAGAUUUUAAAUCAACCUCAGAAGCAACAAAGAAUAAAUCCAUUGUUUUUUCUUCUGUAAAAUGAUUGGAGUUACUGUAUAAUCACACACACCCAAUAUAACAUUGCAUGUUCCUAACUGCUACAUUAGUGUAUUUCAUUCUGUCAUAUUUGCAAACUUGAUGUAAAUUUUUAUUUCAAUUAUUAACCUAAUACUUUCUUAUAACACACAUAAAACAAUGAAAAAACAGUACAGACUAACAAUUCAUUAAAACAAACUAACAUAGAUCUCUAUUCUUGUGCUGUUCUUAAUUCUGGAAUCAGCCUGUGUACAUCUGUUGGCACACAUAUCCAUGCUCAUUCCCUAAACUGAUCAUGUCUCGUGAAGUUAUCUGAUUCUUAUAACUUUCUGUGUUACACUGCAUUGCUUGUCUGUCUCCUAAUUUCGAUUUAGCUAAAAUUGCUUUUAUUUGUCUGAAUAUCAGUUUACAAGGAAAGGCUUUUAUUGAUUUAUCUCCACAUGUAUUUUCUCUGUCAAAAUUUUCAAUCAACACAUUUAAUUUCUCAUUUGCUUUUGAUUUGAUAUCUCGGAUAAAAUAUCUGCAAGAUCUUAAAUAAUGUUGUUUAUUGCACCAAAAACAAAUAACUUUAGGAGUUAUAUUUUGCCCUAUAUUAUCAACUCUACAGUUUUUAGUUGAAUAAAUUGGGAGGGGCUCAGUUGUCUGUAUCACUCUACACUCUGUCCUAGAAGAAGAAGAAGGAGGGGGACGGGGGCUGUAACAUCUGCACUUCUUUCUCUGCCUAAAUCCACAAGUCAUUUUAACCCCUUCAUUAUUGGUUUCCCUCCUUAAGUUAUCCAAGAACAUAGCAACUUCAUUCAAAGUCCUUUUUUCUCUAGCAAUUACAAUUGCAGUUGGAUCUAGAUCUUGAAAUUUCUUCACAAAUUCAUUAAUUAACUGAUUCUCAGGAAAAUUAGCAACAAGUCUAUAUGCACUUUCAAAUUUUACAAGAAAACUAAAUAUAUCCUCCCCCUUGUGUGGUUUUAGUUUUUCCAACAUUUCAGUGUCUGCAAAAUCAUUCCCUGUUGUUAAUUUUAUUAAUUGUGUUAAUCUGUCUUGCUUAUUCCCAUGGACUAUUUCACCAUCUUCGUCAUUAGGGGUACUAAUGGGUGGAGUCAGUCUACGUGCAAUUUGAGUCGGCAGCCAUAUUUGAAAUAGUCUAUUCCUUUGUUCGUCAUUUAGGCUAUAUUUGUCUAAAUUAGACUCAAACAUUUCAGCAUUAGUAAAUGCAUCCACUGACGUGUCAUAAACUGGAAUACAUUUCACAAUUUUCAUUAAUUGUUCAUGUAUUUUCAAAUUAAGUUUUGCAGUUCUGUCUUGGAAUUUACAUUUCUGCAAAUCACUCUGUGAGGAUACAUUUUCAGUAUCUAUUGGUUCUGGGAUUAGAUUCUGUGCCUUUAUUUUUCUUGUAUUAACACACACUAGUUUAACUUCAUUUCCAAGCUGGCAAAUAAGAUCAUUUCUUAGUUCAACUCUAUCCUCUAAUUCACAGACUGUUUCUGACAAUGUUCUCUCUGUUACAUUGUUACACUGUUCAUUUAAAUCUGAUUUGUCUUCUGUUAACCCAUUCAAAUCUACUUCUUUUUCUGCUAAUUCUAAAUUGUCUUUACCUGUAUUUCGUUUACAAAUCAAUGCAUUGUAAGUACAGACUAGUUUCAUAACAUUUCUGAUCUUUUGUUUUUUCUUAUUAACAAACAAUUUCUUGUCAAUUUCACUAUUGGCAAUUUCACAUUGUGUGUAUAAAGAUUGCCACAAUACAGCAUCUGAAUAGCUGCUAUUACAUGCAAACUGCAAUUUACUUUUCUCUGCAAUAUCAUUUAUGAAUUCCAUGUUACUCACCAGAUCAGUUAUUUCUGUCUAUUUCGUUGCUUCAUCCACACAGCUGCGCAGUUCUUUGCUUGGAUCUGGAAAUUUGCCAAUGUCUGCCACGUGCUUGCUUCUAGAUUUCACGUUGUAUCUUGUGCUUUUUGUCUCAGUUGUAGAAAAUAGUCUUGUACAGUCUUUGAUUUGAAAACUUUCUUUUUCUUACAAACACAGUCUAGAUUCUUUUUUUUCUCUUCAAGUUUGUUUUCCCAGUUCCAAAAUAGCUUUGUAACUCGAUUCUUCUCUCUCCCCCCUUGAAGUGGGAACAAAACUUUGAAUAGAAGACUGGCUGGCUAGCCAAUGUAAAAAACUAGAUGAAUGGAUGUUAAUGUAGACUCUUUCUUAAUUUCUUCUUGUCUUCAGUUGAUUGAUAUAUAUACGUCUUUUGUAUAUAUAUUCUUGGGCCAAAUGCUCGCCACAAUAAUAUAUGUCUAUAUUAUUGAAAAGUAGUAAUACGCAAUCUGACUUACGGUUUCUUCAGGUUUAUUCUUAGUUACGGAUACAUAAAACAACAAAUGAUGUUACAGGAUAAUGGACAUUCAACAGCAGAUGGUAAUUGCUGGACUUCUGAUAGGAGAGUUACAUCGUUGUACAGAGCCAAGCCAAGACCGAGACUAGACUGAGAGACCUCGUGUCCCUCUGUUACUAUAUAGAAGUGCUAAUACUAACAUCAGCAUAUAACUCUAGCCAUAUAAGGACAAAACCCUCCACAUCCACAUUCCAGAGCUCUCGGACAAAGAAAGCCUUGUGACUUAUUGAUACCAUCUGUUACUUAUGUCAAUCCACACAUCCAUAUAUAUAAUCAAUAGAAACAUAGAAUAUGCAAUAUUCUACAAUGCACCCAGACCACUUCAAUGAGCUGAAGUGGUUUGGACAUCUAUAGUUUUAAAAUGGACAUGAUAGUCACCAAAACAACAGUGGUUUAAUGAAGCAGUCUUUGUGUAUAGACCAUGCCUCUGAAGUGUCACUGCUCAAUUUUCUGCUAUUUAUGAGUUAAAUCACGUUUGUUUCUUUCUAUUCAACCCUAGCUAUACCUUCCUUGUGAAUGACAAAGCCAGCAUAAAACCAAAAUGGCUUCAUUUUCAUCUAGAUGUAACUUACUUUAAAGUUUUAAUCUCCUGUUCUGUAAAUUGAACUUUAAUUACAUUCAGGGGUGUAACUGAGCUCCCUGUACCACCACCAAGGACCACUUUCUAGCUGGAACAGGGGACAAACCUCAGCCUUCCUGCCCCCCGUCGCCGUGACUUGACUGGGGUCCGGGAACCGCUCCCUCCUGGAGCCAAAUGUGAAACUCACUCUAGCAACCCCCAGGCACUGGACAACACUCAGAACUGGGAGCUCUAGUCCUUACAAGGACUUUCCCUGUUGAAUCCUCAACAGUGAAACAGUAAUUAGUGAUUCGCUUAGACUAUGAGGUUUUUUUUGUUUUUGUUUUUUUUCUAAACACCUUAGACACACCCAGGUAAUCCCUAAAUCCUGAACUGCUAGGGGGUCCUUGAGGACCAGGUUGAGAACCCCUGUGUUAGGAGGUUAAAUUAAACAGAAUUUGCAAUAAAGGAAGCGUAAACAAUAGAUUCUUUACAGGAAAUGUUUAGGAAUGCUGUGUAGGGAAAUAUGCAUAGGGUUGCAUAAACCAAGAGUUUAACUCCUAGAUGGCAGGGAAUUGAGCAGUAAGACUGCAGGGGCAUGAUCUAUACACCAAAACAGCUUUAUUAAGCUAAAGUUGUUUUGGUGACUAUAGUGUCACUUUUUUUUUUUAUAGUUAUUUAUUUCAAGACCGUAUGAAACAAUAAAACAUUUCCAUAAUAUUUGUAAACUGUACAUAGACAUAUACGAACAUAUGCACAGCGACAAUAUUCAUAUACAUAUGGACAGCUAAAACAUAGCUGUGAAUAGUACAAUAUAGAUAGCCUAUGAGUUCAGGUAAUACAAUAUGUCUUUAAGCUAAUCUCGGAAAUUUACAACGUCCAGCAUCUUGUCCUGGUUUUUAUUGUAAAUAAAAUGAAAUCGUGUACAACCAUACAGGUUUGAGAGAUAGGACAUUUUCCACUCAAUGGUGUCUUCCCCUAUAGAAAUGUCAGGGGGAGUGUAAUAUCGCAUUUUGUUCGUUACCUCUCGUGUUCCAUGAGUGAUCCUAUACUGCACAAUUGUACAUAAUGAACAAAAGAUAGAAAUAUAAGUGGAUAGAAAAGAUAAGGGGUACGGUGUAGAGGAGUGAGUAGGGGAAAAAGUGUCCAUAAGGAAAGUGUCUUUAAUUUUUUGUAUCACCGCAGGGAUUGUCGGUGUCUCCCUUUGCAGCCAUACCUGUGCCAGUGCCUUCCUUGCAGCUAAGUUUAGUUUAUGUAAAAGGUUUUGUUCCACUCUUGUCCAAUCUUCUAUAGAUCUGGCCAAGAGAAACACCCAUGGGUCUAGUUUGCCCUCUUUUUCAAAUAUGUCUCCCACUAACUCCGCUAUCCUCUUCCAGUAAGCUUGUGCCUCCGGGCAGUCCCACCACAUGUGAAUAUAAGUUCCCUGCUGUCUGCAUCCUCUCCAACACAUGUCCGUUGUAGUUUUAUUCAUUCGGUAUAGUUUCACCAGUGUAGUGUACCAUCUAAAUAAGGUCUUAAAUGAUUGUUUCUGCAGAGAGAUACACACAGAGGACGUUGCUGCGGCUUCCCAAAUUGCCUUCCAGUUCCUCGCCCAGGUCUGCCUCCCACUGCUCUGUAUAUGUAAUCCGUCCCCAUUCCUGUGUAUGUGUGCUCAAUUGGGUGUAGAGACUUGAGAUUAGCCCACUCAGGAACUGUUGUCUAAAGCACAUUCCCUCAAAAGAAUGUAAGUGGUGUUAGGGCAGCUUUCUUAACCUGUGGAUUUUGAGCAUAAUCCCUUAACUGCAUAUAUCGAAAAUAGUCGAAAGAACUCAAUGGGGCCCUAGUUUUCAAUUCUUCAAAAGUCACCAUUGAGCCGCCUUCAAAGAGAUGUUUCAAUCUCUGCAGUCCUACGUUCUCAAUGCCUCUAAAAUCCCGUGCUGCCAUUCCGGGGGAAGACUCUCUCUUCCUCAGGAAUGGGGUCAGUGGCGUACACAUGACCCAUGGGGCCCCGGUGCGAAAAUUGAUCCGUGAGCCCCCCCCGCGCGGGCAAAGCCGCAACACAUGGCGGUGGGCACCUGGUUGCAGGGGUUACCGGGCUGCGACCCCUGCGACCGCGGUAUGUACGCCAGUGCAUGCAGAUGCACACACACUUAAAGGACCACUCUAGGCACCCAGACCACUUCAGCUUAAUGAAGUGGUCUGGGUGCCAGGUCGAGCUAGGGUUAACCCAUUUUUUCAUAAACAUAGCAGUUUCAGAGAAACUGCUGUGUUUAUGAAUGGGUUAAGCCUUCCCCUAUUUCCUCUAGUGGCUGUCCCAUUGACAGCCGCUAGAGGCGCUUGCGUGCUUCUCACUGUGAUUUUCACAGUGAGAGCACGCCAGCGUCCAUAGGAAAGCAUUAUGAAUGCUUUCCUAUGUGACCGGCUGAAUGCGUGCACAGCUCUUGCCGCGCGUGCGCAUACAGCCGACGGGGAGGAGAAGAGGAGGAUCGGAGGAGGAGAGCUCUCCGCCCAGCGGUGGAAAAAGGUAAGUUUUACCUCUUUCCAGAGCCGGGCGGGUGGGGGUCCCUGAGGGUGGGGGCACCCUCAGGGGACUAUAGUGCCAGGAAAACUAGUAUGUUUUCCUGGCACUAUAGUGGUCCUUUAAAGGACCACUACAGACACCCAGAUCACAUCAGCUCAAUGAAGUUGUCUGGGUGUCAGGUCCCUCUAGUUUUAACCCUGCAGCUGAAAACAUAGCAGUUUCAGAGAAACUGCUAUGUUUCACUGAGGGUUAAUCCAGCCUCUAGUGGCUGUCUCACUGACAGCCGCUAGAGGAGCACACUGAACGUCCAUAGGAAAGCAUUGAGUAAUGCUUUCCUAUGGGCGGUUUGAAUGCGUGCGCGGUCGCAUUCGGAGCUGAGAGGCUGAGGGAUCCUCAGCGCCAAGGGAGUCCGGCGCUGGAGAAAGGUAAGUGCUGAAGACACACACACACACACACACACACUUACAGACGCAUACACACUAGCUAACAGACACACACAUUUACUGACAGAGAUACAGUCAGUGACAGACAUACAUACACACUCACUUACAAAACAUACACUCUCAUUGACAAACACAAACUCACUAACAGACAUCAAACAGACUCACUAAGACACACACACUCAGUAAGACACACACAGUAACACACUCACUAGCAGACACACACACUAACACACUAACACUCACUAGCAGACACACACUAACACUCACUCUAACACUCACACACACACUAACAAACACACUAACACUCACUCUAACACUCACUAACACUCACACACACUAACACUCACACACACUCUAACACACACACACUAACACACACACACUAACACUCACACACACUAACACUCACACACACUAACACUCACACAUGAUUUUUUUUUUAAUUUAAUCCCCCCAGCCUCCUUACCUUUUGGAGUGCUGGGGGGAUUCCCUGGGGUCCAGUGGUCUGCUGGGCUCCUGGGCGGGUGGCCGGUCGGGCAGGCAGGCAGGCGGGCGCGCGAGGGAGCACUCAGUGCUUCCUCUUCAGCUCCCUCGCGCGCCGCGUAGGGAUGCCGGAGCCGGAAGAUGACGUCAUCUUCCGGCUCCGGUAUCAUUGCGGUGCGCGAGGGAGCUGAAGAAGAAGCACUGAGUGCUCCCUCGCGCGCCCGCCUGCCUGCCUGCCUGCCCGACCGGCCACCCGGGGUCAGCAGGGCCAGCCUCAGGGGGGCCCUGGGGUGGUCGGCUCAUGGGCCCCCCAGGGGAAGAGGCUGGACCUGGGCGUACAUACCGGGUCACAGGGGCGGCCGGGCCCCCUGGUGGGCCGGGCCCAGUCGCAGUCGCGACCCCUGCGACCCUGGUAUGUACACCACUGAAUGGGGCCAUCAGAGAAGGGGAGGAUGCUAAGCCAUAUUUAAUAGCAGCAUCAUCUCAUAUCUUAAGGGAGUUUAAUAUAGUGGGGCAUGCUACCCGAAUAGUCUGUCUGUGUUCCUCGGGGAUCGACAUCAGGAACUGUGACAAAUCCGUCACCAGGAGGGAGGACUCCAAGUCCACCCACCUUCUCUCCUCCGGAAGGGAGUGCUAUAGUGCUAUCUGGGCUAGUUGCACUGCCGUGUAAUAAUAAUAAUAAUAAUAAAGGUUCGAUAGGCCCAACCCCCCGCUAUUCUUUGCCCUAAAAAGUACAUUACGUGAGACUCUAGUUCUCUUGUUCUGCCAUAUGAACUUGCCUAUAGCCUGUUGGAGUGUCCCCAAAUUAGAGUUAGUCAGUCGGAUCGGGAGGGCCUGAAAAAGGAACAAUAUUCUGGGAAGGGCAUUCAUUUUAACCGAGUGUAUCAUUCCAAAACAUGAAAUCUGCUUUUCCAGCCAUUUCUCCAUUUCACUUGUUAAAGUGCGAAUCAAUGGGGUAUAGUUUUGUUGGUAUAGUUGAGUGGGAUCUGCCGUUAGCCUAAUACCUAAAUAUUUAGUGUAGUCCCUCGCUAUUUGUAUAUGGUAAGUCGCCCCUAUAUAUGCUGCGUCCGCAUCGGUCAUGCCUAUGGGGAGUGCGCUAGAUUUAUUCAAAUUUACCUUAUAUCCAGCUACAUCGCUGUAAUUCUUCAAGACGUUUGUUAACGCUGCCAUAAAAUCUUUUGGGUCCGUAAAUCCCGAAAAUACGUACCGCUUUCUUCCCACCAUAAUUCCUUUAAAUCUGGGUUGGCCAGUAUUUUCUGCAGCAGAGGUUCCAGAGAGAGGGCAAACAAUAACGGUGAAAGAGGGCAACCCUGUCUGGUGCCGUUGCUCAGUUGAAACGGGGUGACCAUCGCUCCUGAGAUCCGUAUACGCGCUUUAACAUUAGUAUGGCAAAGAGAACAGUUACGAACCGGGCCAAGAUUCCUAGGUGUUCCAAGACCUCAAAUAGAUAUAUCCAUUUAACCCUGUCAAAAGCUUUUUCUGCAUCCAGAGACAGUACCUGGGUCUGAGUGCCCCUAGCAGCCUGUCUCCAGACAAGAUCGAUGUUACAGAUUCCUGCUUGACCCUCAAUACAGAACCUCGUCUCGUACUUAGGGGGGAUUAUUUGUGUGUUUUCCUGUUCGGCGCUUAGGAGUGUUCGGUAGCUGACUUUGUAUUCGGGAAGGGAACAUCUUUGGCGGCGUUAACCCCUUCUACACCCAGGGUGCCAUUACACAUGUCUCUGUCCAGUGUCCCCCCUCCAUGAGGUCAUUGCACCAAGAUUCCAAGUAGGGCACAAAUUCCUCUCAAAGGAUCUUAUAGUAGCUUCCAUCAAAGCCAUCAGGGCCUAGUGCUUUAUUACUUUUUAACGCCGAAAUGGCUGCGUCCACUUCCUCAGCUGAGAUCCGUUUUUGCAACACAUCAGAGUUUGCCCUAAGCAGCCUAGGAAGAUCCAUCUGGCUCAGAAACCCUCGAAUCCGCUCUAGUUCGCUUUUGGUACCUAGUGCAUCUACGCUGGAGUGGCUAUAUAGUUUAGUGUAGUAUUCUGUGAAUACAGCAGCUAUAUCCGUGGGGUUUGUUUGGUACUUGCCUGAUACGUCGUAAUGUGUGUACCACGUUGUCUUGGUUGAAGGGAUCUUGCCAACAGUGUGUCCAUUUUGUUAGCCUUCUCAUCAUAGUUCCGCUUGGACCACAGCAUAGCUAUUGCUGUAUCUUCCAAUAAAGUGUCACAAACUAAAUUCCUCGAAUUCUGUACCGCCACUUAUGUUUUUAUUCCGCUUUCCUCAAGGAGGCUAAGAGGGACGAUAUAAUUGUGUUUUGCGCUUUUUAUUCAGCGUCGCUUCUCAUAUCAGAGUGCCCCUGAUCACUGCCUUGUGGGCCGCCCACACCAUAGCCAUUGGCAGGCCAGACUCCACUUCACAAGCAAAGUACUCCUUCAAGUCAUUCCGAAUCUUUGUAACUAUCUGAGUCCCUAGGCAAAGAGGUAUUCAGUCGUCAAGACCAGGGAGACGCCACACACAACUUGUCUAAGGUUAGUGUAAUGUCCGCGUGGUCAGACCACGUUAUAGAGCCCACAGCAGAGUCAGCAACUUUAGAUACGGUCAAGUGUUCACUAAGAACAGGCCUAUCCACCAAUAGUGUCGUGGGGAGGUGAAUAGAAUGUGUAAUCAACAGUGGUGUCUCUAGGAUUCAUUUUUAGGGGGGGCACAUGGUGGGCCAGGGACAAAAGUAGGAGGGCACAUUUAACCCCACCCUCGCCGCAGUUUGACCCCACCCCUGUCGCAUGUUAAGCCCUGCCCCCGACACAAUGUGUGUUUUUUUGUUUGUUUUUUUUUUUAAUAAUCCCUGGUGGAGGAUUCAUUAUUUUCCACCAGGGAUUAUUAAAAAACAAACACAUUUCCCUUGAUACAGUCCCAUAGUUGCCAACAUUUGAAAAAAAAAUCCAAGGAUAUUUUGCAGCACAGCUAUCAAUUACUGUCUGUGUAUAAUAUCCCUGACAGUUAGUGCUCUCUGUAUAAUACAGGGUUGUGUGUAUAAUAAAUUGGGACAGUCAGCGGUCCCUGUACAGUGCUGCUCUCUGUAUAAUACAUGGCUGUGUGUAUAAUAUCCUGGGAGAGUCAGUGCUCCCUGUAUAGUGCUGCUCUCUGUAUAAUACAGGUCUGUUUGUGUAUAAUAUCCCAAGACAGGGAGCAGCACUAUACAGGGAACACUGACUGUUCCAGGAUAUUAUACAGACACAGACCUGUUUUAUACAAAGAGCAGCAGUAUACAGGAAGCACUGACUAUCCCGGGAUAUUAUACACACACAGAUCUGUAUUAUACAGAGAACAGCACUAUAGUAUUAUACAGAUAGCUGAGCAUAUACCCCAUGUCCCAAUCUCUAGACUACUAGUACCUGUCAACAGCAGCUCCCAGACGCGUGUAACAGGGCUAAAGUGUGCGGCAGCUCACACAGAUGAUUCAGCGGUAAAGCGCACUCACUGGCAAAGCCAAACUGGGAAUCCAAAGCAGCCCUGGAAAAAAAAUGUAUGCCAUUCCUACAAGUCAAAAUAUAUAUAUAUAUAUAUAUAUAUAUAUAUAUAUAUAUUUUACAGUGAGCACACAAGCUCUCUGACAUGCGCAAAUAGGCUCACUGACAGACAAAAAACUCUGACUCACACACAAGCUUAAUACAGACAAACUCACUUGUAUAAAUACAAGACUCACUACAAAGAAGUUCAGGGACACACACAAGCUCACUAAAGACAAGCUCACUGACACACACAUGCUCACUAAAUAGAAGCUCACUGACACACACAAGCAGUACCGUCUUAACAGUGUUAAGGGCCCCUGGCAAAGCAGUGCACUGGGGCCCUUCCUAUACAACAACUCACAGGAAUAAAAAUUUUAAUUAUUGAUCAACUGCUGAGUACAUACACAUGGUACACGGAAUACGAAUACAGAGAGACUGCUGAAUACACACACAAAUUUCUGAAUGCACACAGACUCCUGAAUGCACACAGGCUGAUUUAUACACUUACACACAGAGACUGCUGAGUCCACGCACACACAGAGGCUGCUGAGUCCACACACACACAGACUGCUGAGUCCAUGCACUCACACUGCUGAGUCCACACACACACAGACUGCUGAGUCCAUGCACUCACACACACACACAGACUGCUGAGUCCAUGCACACACACACACAGACUGCUGAGUCCAUGCAUGCACACACACACAGACUGCUGAGUCCAUGCACGCACGCACACACAGACUGCUGAGUCCAUGCAGUCACUGGGGGCUGUUGCUGGGGGUCAGACAGCCAUCUUCCAUCCUUUCCAGCAGCAGCAUGGUCUGCUGCUUAACGGCAGGGUGGGGCUUAUGUGCAGAAGGUGGAGCUUCUUUUGGGGGCGGGGCUUGUGCGGGGGGCCUGUCAGUGCUCCCUCUGGCCACAGACAAUACCCAGCACUGCAUUCCCUCGGGCUGUCACAGAUUGUUACAGCCCGAGGGAAUAUAAUUGAAGCACAUGGCCAGAAAGUUGCUGGCAUUUGGGGGGAGCUCACUGGUAAUAAACAACGUCAGGAUGGUGAGAUCUCCAGAUAUCAAUUAGUCCUGUAUGUUGUAUAAAGGUGUGUAAUUGCUUAUCUUGUCCGCUCCUCCCAUGGGAUUGUGGGAUCCAACUACAAGUUCCCCUGUUGGUUGCCGGGCACGGUGUCACAUUAAAGUCGACCCCCACUAUAACCAUGCCGUGAGGUAGCGUAUUUAUCAUACAAGUCAAUUCUGCCCAGAACUCUUUGACCGGAUUGUUUGGGGCAUAAAUAUUAAGGAUGUGAAUAGCAUGGGAUUCCUGAUAUUAAAACAAAACGCCCUCCCGGAUCCGAAUGAACCUUGCCAAUUGUGAUCGGGCAACUGUUAUGUAUAAGGAUAGCCACGCCAUUUCUCUUAUUAAGAGCCCUAGAUUCGUACGCCAUGCUAUAAGUUUGAUUUGUUGGCGCUAUAUAAAUAAUAAAAUAAUAAUAAUAAUUAUCUCUGAGGGCAAAUUUAGUUGACACCGGUAUGUGUGUCUCCUGCAGGAAUGCAAUGUCGGGAUUCAUCCGCUUAAGUUCUUUGAACAUAAGGCGUCGUUUUUUUGGGGGCGUGUUAAUGCCCUUUUAUAUUUAAAGAUAAUAGUUUUACAGGCAUAUCAUUUGAUAAGGGUUUUUGCUGUACUCCAUUCUGUCGUUUCCAGGCCUGCGCCAGAAGCCCAUCCCUCGUGAGGCAUGAAUCCUGUGCACCGCUAUAUCAUCUCGAUCAUCCUGCACAAUCUGUGCCGUCUGAUCUCCUCCGUUCCCCCCCCCCAGGGUUAAGGCAAAAGGGGUAGGUAAGAAAGAAAGAGGGAUUAACAGGAAAGUGAAAAUGAAAGAAGGAAAGAAAUAGAAAAACUUAUGAUACAUAAAUCGCCUGGUCUUACCUAUGGCCAUGUUUAAUUGGGGUUUAUGUCCCAGCUUCUCUGGACCGUGCAAACUAGCUCCAGAUCAGCAGGGACACAGACCAACCCUUAAAGGCACCACAAGUGUGCCGACGAAAAAUUCUAUAUCUCAGUCAGUGAAACUAUGGCGAGCACUGCUAAAUACCCCAUAACACUGCAUCAGCCAUGGAUCGGUGAGGUUCUGUCUCUACUAAUCGCUAAGUCACCUCCCAGCCUAUCUAUUCAGGAGCCCCCUUGUCCCGUGAUUCCCGUCAGGGCAUUCAACGUUUGUACCGGGACUUCUUCCCUUCCUGCCACCCGGACGCCCACCCCAAUGUUGGGUGUGGCUGACAAAGAUUAGUCACUACUAUGCCGUUCAGGGCAAUUCCAUCGAGUAGAUGUAGUCUUAUCGUAGAUAGCUUUGUCUGGGACCGACCGCCCCCUCCCAGUCAGAAGGGGGACCAAGAAUAGUGUGACAUCCCGUGCGCAAAGUCUCUCCUCUCUCUCCCCUCCACACAUGACAGGGAAUCCCAGCCGGUAACCUGAAACCAUCCUUCCUGUUGCGCAGUGUAUAAAGUAGUUCCCAGGAUGAUCGAUCUAUAGUAGCGGUUAGGGGUAGCGGGAGACCGGAAGGGGGCCGCUGACAAUCACUUUCAGGUGGGUCAGUGUUUACUAGGCAUCCCCAUGGCCCCCCGCCAUGCCCCUGCGACAGCACGGUCAACCAUUAACUUUUUGCGAAGGACAGUGUUCAUCUCUACAUAGUAACCUUACAACACUGGACUCCCGGAACUGCUAUUGGGAGAUGUGCACCCAUAGCCCCACUGGACUCGCCCUGUUAGCGAGGGUGAAGGCCGAAUACUGUCCCCUGGCCGGUGAUACCCCCCUCCGGGACAGAAGUAGUCCCCACGCUAAUAAUAGUAUAGAUGAACCCUUAAGGCACCCUAGCCCGCCCAACUUAGGCGCUAGCCUCCGCAUGGGCCAUCUGAGCUUCCCGUCGUGGGGCCAUACCGAUCAAUUUUUUGGGGGGCUGUUUCCUCAGAGCCUGUUUUUCCAUGUCUGUUCACAGGUGUAUUUCUGUCUUCCAGUCUGUGCUACAACGCUCAUGUAUGCUGUUGGCCUAAUCUUUUGCAAAAGAAAAUAUAAGCAGCUUUAUAGAGACCCAGUAAUAUGGAUGCUCCUUGCACCUUAAACCAAUUUAAAAUAGCAUAAUUAAUAAAGAAGAGGUUUUUACUACAUUAUAUUGAGACUCCAUCUACUGUACAUUUAUUGUAAAUCCACAUCUAAAAGUGCCUUACUCUCUAAGAUCAUGUAUUCUAUAGUUUGCAUUUGCUAGCCAGCCCUUUGUUUUUUAUAGAUUAUCUUCAUCUGAGAAUUUGCCUCUAGAAGACAACUCGGUAGAUGUAAUAAAUGCAAGUUUUGCAGUUCAUUGGUUUGAUGUGGAGAAGUUCAUGCAAGAAGCAGCUCGAGUCCUCAAACCUGGUGGCUGUCUGGCCUUAAACUCCUGUUUGUUAAAAAAUGAGGUUCAUUAUAAAGACAUCUCAGAGACCCUUACAAACAUAUUUAAUGAGGUAAGACAAGACUCCCAGUGCUUUCUUUUCACAUUUCUGUCAAAUGUCUCACAUAGCUUCCUAGCCUAUUUCUGUGCUCCCUUCCAUUUGUUCCAUCAUUUGGUCUUCUGUUCGAAGUCCAUAUAUAUUUUUUUCUCCCCUCUGUUAAAUACCCCUUUGUAUGCACAUACAGUUGUGCUCAAAAGUUUGCAUACCCUGGCAGAAGUGUUGGCACUGAUUUUUUUAAAUAUGACUAAUCAUGCAAAAAUAAUGUAUUUUUUUGAAGGAUAGUGAUCAUAUGAAGCCAUUUAUUAUGACAUAAUUGUUUGGCUCCUUAAUGAUAACAGAAAUCACCCAAAUUGCCAUGAUCAAAAGUUUACAUACCCUUGAAUGUUUGGCUUUAUUAUAGACAUACACAUUAAAAUGGCAAUUUAAAGGUUAAUUCCCCACAUCUGUGGCUUUUUAAAUUGCAAUUAGUGUCUGUGUAUAAAUAAUCAAUGAGUUUGUUAGCUCUCACGUGGAUGCACUGAGAAGGCUAGAUACUGAGUCAUGGGGAGCAGAAAAGAACUGUCAAAAGACCUACAUAACAAGGCAAUGGAACUUUAUACAGAUGGGAAAAGGUUUUAAAAAGAUAUCAAAGGGCUUGAAAAUGCCAGUCAAUACUGUUCAAUUACUUAUUAAGAAGUGGAAAAUUCGGGGAUCUCUUGAUACCAAGCCAAGUUCCGGUAGAUCAAGCAAGAGUUCAGCCACAACUGGCAGAAGAAUUGUUUGGGAUACAAAGAAAAACCCACAGGUAACCUCAGGAGAAAUACAGGCUGCUUUGGAAAAAGACGGUGUGGUUGUUUCAAAGAGCACAAUACGAUGAUACUUAAACAAAAAUAAGCUUUGUGGUUGAGUUGCUAGCAAGAAGCCUUUACUGCACCAAUGCCACAAAAAAAGCCCAGUUAGAAUAUGCCCCAAAACACCUUGACACCCCUCACAGUUUCUGGCACACUCUAAUGCAGACUUUUGUUUUAAAUAUGUUUAUUGUUAUCAUGUCAUAAGCUUGGUUAAUAUGCAUUCUGUAGCAAUACAGUAAGGCAUUUAAAAAGAGAAAGAAAGAAAAACUUUUAUGAGCCUACGCAGAGGCCAAAUCAGUCAGUAUAAAGCAAAGGUACAUUUCUGCAGCGGGGAAGCUUAUGUCCAAUUAUGGCAUAUUCCGUUUGUAAAGUACAAGUAAACAUCAGCGGUUGAACGGUAAGGAGUAUUACCAACUUGUGUUCGGAUAGUGGCGUGUGUAGCGUGGUGACAGUGGCGCGUAUGUGAAACAAAAGAUAAGUAAUGUGCAGGCGUCAGUGACUGGUAUGUAUAUCUGUGCUUGUCUAAAGCGUCUGCUGAUGAAUGUAAGAUGUUUGUGCCAGUCAUAGCAUGUGUGUUGAAACUGCAGUGUAACAUUAGAUAAUACUGUAGCCGGGAUGGUUACAUGUACGGUCAUCUUAUAGCGUAUCAGUCUGGUGUAAUUUCAAAAUGCGCAGAAUAGGAACAGGUAGAGAGUAAACAUUAUUAACAAUAUGUCGCCCUGUGUGAAAAGCUGAGGGAGGCCUCACAUGUCUCUGCUGCAGUGCAGUCCUCAGGUUGCCGAGCCUUUGUCCGACCUCCCCACUCUGGCACCAGUUCACCGGCCGGGUCCUUCGCGGCACCGUGGGCACUCAAGGGCAGUGAUUGUCUGCCGGACCCCACCACAAAGUCCGCGGCACUCUUGCCCCCUGCACCUCCCCAGCGUCACGUUGGUCCCCCUGGAGUGAGCGUUCCCAAGUCUCUCCCAGUGCCGGCCUCACGCUUAAGGCUGGUACUCUGCCCCCACAGCCACCGGUCCACCGGUAGGGCGGUGCACUCCCGCCUCACAGGGCUCGCAGCAGUGGGGACAUGAUUCCCUGGGGACCCCCAUACCCAGAGACUGGGGUACUCACUGGUCUAGCCAGCUUGUGGGCCGCGCGGAGUGUCCGUCGAUUGUCCAGCAUCCUCUGGGCUUGCACAGGCCGUCCAUGUCAGUCCUCUGUGCUUUAUUCCGCUGUGGCCCUCAGCGGAAUGCUAUGCUGAUAUGUCUCUAUAUAGGUGCAG